AUGGAAAAACUGAAACAUUUCUCGCAUAGCCAUCCAUUGGGCCUCAAGGAAAUACAAAUGGAUGAAGGCGGCCACAAAUUAGUUAUCUGCGGACUCUGCGAGAAACAGAUCUUAGGCCCUGCAUAUAGUUGUUCCGAAUUUUUGGAUUCACAAGAGAUGUGCUUUGUUACCUACCACCAUCAGCCGUACGGAUCACCAUCACCCUCUCAUUCUCGAGAAAUGUUCUAUUCAUGUGAAGUGCUCAUCAACUUCAUCUUCAACACCUUUGAGAGAUACAACACCCACUUCACCAACACCCGAUUCAGCUCUCAAACUUUAGUGAAUUCUAUCGGCUCACCGGUUGCGAAGCUUGCGUGUCAUACAACAACGGUUUCUUCUACAAGUGUGACACGUGUAAAUCCUUCGCCAUUGAUGUUAAAUGUGCUCUCCUGCCCGCCUCUAUUGUACAUGAAGCUCACAAGCACUCCCUAUGUCAGAGAAACAAUACAUGGGAUAAGAAUGGAUAUUGCAGUGCAUGUGGACUCUAUUUUUAUAAUCACGGGUUCGGAUGUAAGGAUUGCAAUUUCCGUCUAUGCUGUAAUUGUGCUCUACUCCCUAAAACCGUCGAGCAUAGAUGGGAUAGACAUUCCCUCAUCCUUACCUAUCCUCCUAUCUUUGAUCAUCCCCAAGAUUUCUAUUGUGAAAUUUGCGAGAAAGAAAUAA